UCUGCACGCAAUUCGCACUCCGCCCACCUCAUCCGCACACACCCAACCAAAUGGAAACAAGAUAAUCCCUCAUGGCUCCACGGUAGCUAACCCUAAACCCCCCUCCUCAUCUCCAACCCGUUCUCUCCUCUCACUUCCUGAUCCCGAUCUCGCCGCCGCCGCCGCCACCGCCGUCCCCGCUGGCGGCCUCUUCGCGGGACUCACCUGCUAGCUCGUCGCCGCCGGCCUCCCCCGAGGUAUAGACAUCUGUAUACGUCUUGAAGUUGCAUUAAGUAACACCACCUUUUUGCCAAGAAUUCAGGGCUUUAAUAAGAAGCUGCAUAAUGGAGUUAUCAAAGCAAGGCCAGGCACCCAUGUCAGCUAGCAUGGGAUCUCAACCACUGCCCUCUUCAAAUAUUCAAUCUACUCAGGCUGAGUAUCCUGCUGCGUUCUAUCCACCCCUUCCUGCUGACUGGAGUGCACAGCCAAUGUUCUCUAUGGGCGGUUCUGUGCCUGUUAGUUCAUAUUAUAUUGUCCCUAUGAGUCAACAGGCACUCCAAGUUGGUGCUUCCAGGCCAGAUACUUCACAUCCUUUGGGGGUGCAAUCUAUAAGUAGAGUAUCACUGAGGCCGCCCCAGCAGGUGCUGAAUAUUCAGACAUCUUUGCCAGCAAUGAUCGGAUCGCAGCUGUCCCCAUCUAUUGCAGGAAAGAAACUUCAACAGAGCGCUGCUUCUCCAAAGGUUCAAAUGCUGAAAUCUACAUCAUCUAGCAAACGUCCUGCACAGAAAGAGCUACCACCAAAGGUCAAGCCUCAGCAAUUUGAAUCCGUGAGAUCAAAGUUCAGAGAGUCACUUGCUGCUGCACUGAAAAUGGAUUCAGACCAGCAGGAUAAGAAGCAAUCUUCUGAUAACUUGCAGUCUGAUGGGUCCGCAGACCAAAAGAAGGUGGAUGGAGAUGAAGUGCCGGGCCCAGAGACGACGACAUCCAAAGAUGUGACUAUGACCAACUCAGAGGCAGUCACUGAUGAUGGUGCUAAGAAAUGUGAGGAAGAUGAGAAGUUAGGCAGUGGUUUAGCAUCGAACAUGAUCACAAGCAUAAAUGAUGAUCUGCAGCAACAGUCAAAGUAUCUUUCUUCAGAAGAUGAUCUAUUAGGUCAGUGUAUGGUUGUCACAGAUGAACUCUUGCAAGGUCAUGGCCUUUGUUGGGUUUCUGAUUUUGAUGCUGGGAUUUCUGAACCUAUGUCACAACCUGAUUUAAAAAGGUCCAGGACCUGUGAUAUUGACCCUGGGGUUACAGAGUCUUUGGCAGAGUCUGGAUCAAAAAGGAUGAAGUCUGCUGAUGAGGCCGCAAUGGAUGUAGAUAGCAAUAGCAUUAUUCAAAAGGCUGAAAGUUUGGCACUUAGAAUUGAGGAGGAGCUGUUUAAACUGUUUGGUGGAGUUAACAAGAAGUACAAGGAGCGAGGUAGAUCCCUUCUGUUUAAUCUAAAAGAUAAAAGCAAUCCUGAGUUAAGGGUGAGGGUCUUGUCUGGAGAUAUUGCACCUGAGCGCCUUUGUUCAAUGACCGCGGAGGAACUUGCUUCCAAGGAGCUCUCAGAGUGGCGGUUGGCUAAAGCUGAAGAACAUGCAAAAAUGGUUGUACUUCCUAAUACUGAAGUUGAUGUUAGACGUUUAGUGAGGAAAACCCAUAAAGGAGAAUUUCAAGUUGAAAUAGAAGAAACUGAUGGUAUUUCAGUGGAGGUUGAGCUUGGGGGUAAUAUUCUAUCUCAUGUUCCAUCAAAAGCUGAUGAGAUGAAAACUAACGAUGAAACAAAUAUGGGUGAUAAAGCUGGUGUAGAAGGUAAAGACAAGGCCUCUGAGGGCAUGUCGCAAGAUGAAGAUGGUGGGACAGGAGACAAAGAUUCGUCAGGAAAUGUAGAUUGUAUUGAUAAUGAGAAAACGGAUCUUAUUGAGGAACUUAUGGUGGAUGAUUUAAAAGAUGCGGAAAAUCUUCCACCAAUUCCUUCAUUAGAUGAAUUCAUGCUGGGCUUAGAUUCCGAGCCGCCUUUUGAAAAUUUGUCAGUUGAGACACCACAAGAAGAUCUCAGCGAUUCUGAUGAACCUACCUCCACCUUGGAGUCUGACAAAGUCCCUGAGACAGAAGAUAAGGCCUCUGCACAAACGAAGACCGAAUCUGAAUCUGAUGUGCCAUCUUCACAGGGUAAAUGCGAGUCCAAGUUAGAGUCAUCCAAACAUGAGGUAGGUUCAAAGUUAGUUGCCGGUGAGCCGCGUGACCAAGAGCUGAUCAAAUCCUCCCCUGGUAGAGUCGAGACCAAAGAACCAGCUCCUGAUAAUGUCUCAAAUCCUGUUUCUGCUAUGCACAGCAAGGCAACUACUGUUCCAGUGAUCCGUGAGAGUAUUUGGGAGGGUGCGAUUCAACUGACUGUAUCUUCACUCACAAAUGUUGUUGCCAUCUUCAAAAGUGGUGAAAAGCCAUCUGGGAAAGAAUGGCGUAGCCUUAUUGAGCUCAAAGGGAGAGUUAAACUUAGUGCUUUUGAGGAGUUCGUUGAACAACUUCCCAAAUCUAGGAGUCGUGCUAUAAUGGUAACUGAGUUGUGUUGGAAAGAGGGUUCUCUGGAGGGUGGCCGCCAACAUCUCUCACAGACAAUUGAUUCAUAUAUUGCAGAUGAGAGAGUGGGGAUAGCUGAGCCUGCAGAUGGACUAGAGCUGUACCUGUGCCCUCCUCAAGGGAAAAGUGUGGAUAUUCUCUCUCGGCAUUUGCCGAAGGAGCACUUGGAGAGUCUUGCUGUGGCAGCAACAUCCAUCAUUGGAGUCGUCGUCUGGCGGAGACCCAACGUUCCAAGGAUACCCUCCCAUCAAAGGCAUGAUGGUUCCAAGAGGCAGUCAAUCCUAAGGAAACCACAGGUUGCUGGUUCUACUUCGGUCCCUAGGCCCUCCUUGCCGCAGAACUCUUAUGGUGCACCACCAGGUUUCCCCAAUCAGCGUCACCACCAUGAGGAGGAUGUAACUGAUGAUGCCCCCCCAGGCUUUGGGCCUGGUGUUGCCAGGGAUGAAGAUGAUCUUCCUGAAUUUAAUUUUGUUAACUCUUCAAACCCUGCUGCUAAUGUAACAACACAGGCCUUCAGGGGCAGGCAGCAUGUACCAACCCCUGCUCGUCCAGUAGAGCAAAUGAGGGAAUUGGUUCAGAAGUAUGGUAAAAGAUCGUCUGCUCAAUCGCGUCCUUGGGAUGACGACGACGAUGAUGACAUACCAGAGUGGAACCCCAUGCAGGGUAACCUACAGCAAAAUAGGCAGCCAGCAUUGACACCCACACCACAUCAACCGCUUCCUCCACCACCGCCCCUUCACCAAAUGCAUCCUUACCAGCAUUACAACAGCCCAAAUGCAAUGCAGCCACUUACAGUAAACCAUCAGCAGCAGGUGCACAGCAACCCCCAUGCUUACCUCCGUACCCAGCAGCAGCCCGUGCAGCAACUUCCUUUGAUCCAGCAGCAGCUCCAGCCUUCGCAAACAUGGCAGCCUAAUACUUGGUGGCCGCCGGCGCAGGACCCAGCUGCUUCCUCCGUUCCAGCGCCCCAGUAUGGUGUAAUGCCUAACAGUAACGGCGCCCAGGGCUACAGCGCUGGGAAUUUAGGUGGCAUGUCCUGGAGACCGAGAUAAAAACUUGUAAAAUUCUCUUGAUUUCUUUGUAGCCGUGGUGCAGCCCGCGAGCGUUCGUUGUAGGGUUAGUUUCUUUUCCUUUUUUAGCUUACUGAUUCAUGCAAGCAUGAAUCUGUCGUGGAUACCCCCUCUGUACUGUACACCAAAAAGGAUGUAAAUCUGGAUAAAUUAGAUGACUGUGGGUUGUAUCCGUAAUAAUCUUUAGGAUCGCUUCGAACAAAUGCUCUCCCCGAUCGUUCUCUUCAUUGGGCACCACGAAAAUUAGCAAUAAUGUUUGUGAAUCCAGGACUUAAUUUUAUAAACUUUGUGAGCUUUCUGAACU